CGUCUCCUGUAUUAGUGUCAAUCGCAUAUGUCCACAGAGGUUAAUUUCUAAACAAAUUUAGUGAUUAAGGUGCUUCUUAUUUGCUUAAACAAUUUCGGCUCUCACAUCGAUAAAUAAUGGCGAUGAAUUUCCUAAAACCGAAUAUGCUACCUAAGGUGUCGUGUAGAUAUCCAUCAAUCCACCAUUUCGAACCAUCGAAUCUAAUUAGUUCGGACUACGGACCGAAAAUGCGCGGUUUCAUCGCGUCGAAAAGUGUGUUAUCGCCGAUUGACGUCGAAUUUGAAUUCGUAUGCGUAAUAAACGUCGAAUACAUUGUAAUUACCACAACGAACAGGGCACAAAAAUCUUCAGCCAUCGAAAUCAGUAUGAGGAGUCCCAUGUCGAGGUACGGAGUCGUCGGACGAACAGAACUCAGUGGAGAUGGCGUGGUGUUUUGCAACAGCAGUUUGUAUUCCACAGAGAGUCCACCCCGUGUCAUCGAAGGCCACCACGUCACGUAUUUCAAUGAAAAAAAGAAAGACUUGUUCAGAAACGCGAACGGCUUAAAGGUGAGAAUCUUCACUAUGAAAUCGAUUCCCAGUUUGAAGGAUGUGGAGGUUUGGGGACAGGUCGCCAAAUCCUGUUCGCCAGCCACCAAACAAACCGUAUCGAAAUUAUACAAAGGGGGCAACAUCCCCAACAAAUUUAGGGACGCUUUAACUCAGGAACUGAUGUACAUUCCGAUAAAACUUCCCUGCGGCAAAACAAUAGACCACGAUACGUUCGAGGCUCACAUGAAAAAAGAUGUGGAUUCGGGAAAUCCCCCGGCUGAUCCUAUUACACAUUUGCCAUACACCGAGACUUCAGUCCCAGUUUUGGAUACUGACUUGAGGAUUGCCAUUAACAUGUAUAUGGUCAAAACGAUGGACCAACCUGGAAAAUUUGAUUUGACACGUCUUUUAAAUCGAUGGUGGAAACAUGAAGACGACACAUCAAAAAUAUUAGACGAUGGCAUUAAAUUGGACGAGGCAAUAAAGAAUAGUGGAAUUUAUGUUGACAAACAAUACACAAAUGCAUCCGAGACACAAACAAAAAAGGAAAAAGAAACAAAAGAUUCUUCAGAAAUUUAUCGGAAAUCACCGAUAAUAUAAUAUUACUUACUAAGUUUACUUUAAAAUUUGUAAUACUUAUUUAUGUUGUUAAUGUGCUGCAAAAUAAAAUUGUACUACAUUUA